AGCCGAGCCAAGCCGAGGCAGGCUGUGUGUGAAUGGGGGAGACAAGCCGCGCCGCUCCGCUCUCACAUCUCUCUUCUCUGGAUUAUUAUUUCACUUUUUCUUUAACGCGGGACAUUUUUAACUGCCUGGACUCCCCUGUGCUGCCACCAACUGACGUCCGCUCACUCAGGUUUUUAAUGUGAGGAGGGAGAACGAGAAGAAGCAGCAGCGGCAACGGCAACUGCAGCAGCGCGUGGGACUGUGGAUUUAACGGUUAAAUAACUGACUGUGGACUUUUCUGCGCGUUUCCCCUUCAGCCAUGCCCCAGUGAAGCUGACUCUUCAUCAGACCUGCAGCCAGCUCUUCUCUCCUCCUCCCCUCCUCUCCUUCUCCAUCCCUCCAUCCUCUCCUCCUCUCUCUGUCCACCAUGCUCCCCUCCUCCUCCUCUUCCUCUCCUCUCCUCCUCUCCCUCCUCCUCUCCCUCCUCCUCCUCUCCUCCCCCCUCCUGUCUGCCCCGGCUCUCCCCCUCCCUCCCUCCGCUGCGUCGGGCAGGGUGGUGUACCGGGCGUUCGACACCUCCCUCACCCACCUCACCGUCCACCAGAGGACCGGCGAGGUCUUCGUUGGCGCCGUCAACCGCGUGCUGAAGCUAUCGGCCAAUCUGACGGAGCUGAGGAGUCACAUGACCGGACCGGUGGAGGACAACGCCAAGUGUUACCCUCCGCCCAGUGUCAGGGCCUGCGCUCACCGACUGAAUUCGUCCGAUAAUGUGAAUAAGCUCUUACUGGUGGAUUAUACUGGGAACAGACUGGUGGCGUGCGGCUCCAUCUGGCAGGGCGUCUGCCAGUUCCUCAGACUGGAGGAUCUCUUCAAGCUGGGGGAGCCGCAUCACCGCAAAGAGCACUACCUGUCUGGAGCCAGAGAGGCUGAUGGGAUGGCAGGCGUGGUCGUUGGCGAGGACGACUGGUCGGCCGACCCGAAGAGGAAGAAGCCGGCGAAGGGCGGGAGCCGCCUCUUCAUCGGCGCCGCCAUCGACGGGAAGUCGGAGUACUUCCCCACGCUGUCCAGCAGGAAGCUGGUGGCGGACGAGGAGAGCGUCAACAUGUUUUCGCUGGUCUACCAGGACGAGUUCGUCUCCUCGCAGAUCAAGAUCCCGUCUGACACGCUGUCCCUCUACCCGGCCUUCGACAUCUACUACGUCUACGGCUUCUCCAGCCGCAGCUACGUGUACUUCCUCACGCUACAGCUCGACACGCAGCUGACGCAGAUGGACGCCGGCGGCGAGAAGUUCUUCACGUCGAAGAUCGUGCGGAUGUGCUCCAACGACACGGAGUUCUACUCGUACGUGGAGUUCCCGCUGGGCUGCACCAAGGACGGCGUGGAGUACCGGCUGGUGCAGGCCGCCUACAGACAGAAACCGGGGCGGCGGCUGGCCCAGGCGCUCGGCCUGUCGGAGGACGACGACGUCCUAUUCGUCGUCUUCUCACAGGGCCAGAAGAAUCGCUCCAACCCUCCCCGAGAGACCGUCCUCUGUCUGUUCACGCUGCACGACAUCAACCUGGCCAUGAGAGAGAGGAUCCGCUCCUGUUACCGCGGCGAGGGACGACUCUCGUUGCCCUGGUUACUCAACAAGGAGCUGCCCUGCAUCCACACACCGAAGCAGAUCGGAGAUGAUUUCUGCGGCCUGGUGUUGAACCAGCCACUCGGAGGCCUGAGGGUCAUCGAGGGAAACCCGCUGUACGAGGACCGCACCGAGGGCAUGGGCGCCGUCGCUGCCUACACCUACGGAGAACACACCGUGGUGUUCGUGGGAACCCGCAGCGGGCAGCUGAAGAAGAGACCACUCAGACUGCCGGCUGCCGUUUGGACGGUGUCCCACUUAGCAGCCCAGAGUGUCGGUUUCCUGUCUCCUUCGGUGUCGCUCAAAGACCGCGGGACAACCCCGGUCCUCUCCAGCUCUCAGCCCGAGCUGCAGAAAGCUUUCACUAACACUUCCUCUGACACUGACAAACAGGACAGGAAGCAGCUGGAGGGGGAACAUUUUCAGUCUGGAUCUGAACGAGUUAAAGGGCGCUUUCACUAG